CUUCUUUUUCUUCACUUUGCUAGAGGGCGUUCCUCUCCUACCAACUUUUAGGUUAUAUUCUUCACAAUUCCUUUAUUUCCUUGUUGCAUACUUCAUUAAUUUAUUCUUAAAUUUACGUUUUUUAGUUCUAGCCUAUUGUAAAUUAAUCUAUUAUCUUAUGUCCAAGUCUUAAUAUUUUUUAAUUCACAUAUCUAUACUUUUUCCAAGGAGAGAUCAUACUUGUCAUGCAAGUUUUCAAUACUAAAAGUAAUGCGCAUGUGCUCUUACGAUGCUUCGUAAUUCAAAUUUUCAAAAUUUCAAGAUAAAUCCCCAAAUUUUCGAUUUUCCCAAUACACAAAUAAUUAAAUUUCCAAAUUUUUUCAUGCUUAUUCCAUACCUCUUCAAAUCGUAUAUUUUAUUUACAAUGUAUACGACCGGCAAAGUAAUAAAUAUAUGAUAGCGAUAAAUGGUGGGGAACCUUCUGAAAUUAGCAGAGUUGCGCAAAUUGAUUAUGAUCUCCCGUUGAACAAAGUAUAUCAGUUUUUUCCUCAGAAACACUGAAAAACACACUCACUUUAUCUCAUAUGCGCCAUCUUCACUCAUUCAAUUAUAAUAAAUGAAACCGCUACAUUGGAAACUGAAAACAGUGUUUUUAGGCAGCCAGAAUGUUGUAGAAAUUUUAAAGUAUGUGACUGAAAAUUAUAAUAAUAAAUCAUUCAUACAUAAAAUACAAGAAAUAUGAGUGGUAUCUGCAACCGAUAUUUAAUAACAUCAAGAAAUGUCUUCCUACAACAUCGAAAACAAGACUUUAUUACUUCACUUUUUGCACCUUACGUAUUUUCCAAUCAAAUACGUAACAAUUUUAAUUCUGUGAUACCAGUAAAACUGGCAUAUAUUUCCUAUGAAUCAAUGAAUGGAAACAAAAAUGCUUUGAAACAACCUGUUAUAGUAAUGCAUGGCCUUUUUGGUUCUAAAAAUAAUUGGAAUUCAUUAUCAAAAGCAAUUCAUCAGCAAACAGAUCGUAAGGUAAUCACUAUAGAUGCAAGGAACCAUGGAGAUUCCCCACAUUCUACAGAAAUGUCAUACAGUCAUAUGGCCCAAGAUAUAGUUCAACUUAUGAAUGAUUUAGGAUUUUCAAAAGCUACACUAAUAGGACAUAGUAUGGGAGGUUCUGCAGCAAUGUAUGUAGCUUUAAAUUAUCCACAAUUAGUUGAAAAAUUAGUAGUAGUAGAUAUGUCUCCAGUGAGGACUAGUCCUCAGCUUAUGGAAAUGGAAAAAAUAUUUAAAGCAAUGCGUACAGUAAACCUAGAUGAGAUUACAACGCUUACGAAAGCUCGAAAUGCAGCAAAAGAGCAACUUGCAGCUUCCAUUAAAUCUUUAAGUCUACGUCAGUUUUUAACAAUGAACUUAGUAGAAGCAGAUAUUGGAAAAUUUAAAUGGCGGGUUAAUUUACCUGUAUUAGAACAAAAUUUUGCGAGGCAUAUAGCUGUAUUUCCAAGUGUAGGAUCAAAAGCCUACACUGGACCAACAUUGUUUAUAGGAGGUUCUAAAAGUGAUUAUAUAAAAGUAGAAGAUCAUGACAAAAUAAAGCAACUGUUCCCUAAUGCUGAAAUUUUGUAUAUAAAUGGUGCUAAUCAUUGGGUUCAUGUAGACAAGCCAUCAGAAUUUCUAAAGAUUACUACUAACUUCAUUAAAUGAUCAUAAUUUAUUGUCAUCUUAAAUGUAAAAAAAAUACACAGCAAGUUUUGUAAAUAUAUAUACAUAUAUAUUUGUGAAAUGUGUAACAUUACAUAUAAAGUAAGAAAGAAAUAGCAAAUGAAAAUAUAAUUGUACACAGUGUAAACAAAUUGCGUUUUCCGUGCUUAUUAUGAAUUUACAAACUGUAACAUUUUUUUAGUCUCUUAUUUUGUUGUUUCCAUAAAAAAUACAUAUUUCAUAUCUUCUCAUUCAAAAAACAUUUUAUCAAUAUUAGAAAACAAUUAUAAUGAUAGCAAUACUUCAAUGCUUGAAAAAUAAAAUCUUUGGAGCGUA